UGCAUCUGCGGCUCCACUGUUGAACCAAGCCCGCUGCAGAGCUGGGUAUCAUGCUUGGAGAGCGCUGUGUGCACAGUACGCGUCAUAGUACACAGUGAAAUGGAUCUCAGUGCCGCUGCAUUAUUGAUGAGAUACAUUGUGAUGUCAGCCCAGGCGGAAGGAGCAAAGCAAAAUGACUGUUAGCAAUAUGGCACAUGAUCAUUUAUGCAAGCAGUACAGAGGUGUAAUUAAUUGCCACCCUUUGCUCCCAGUCCCAGCGCUCACUCACUCAGUAUUCACUUGUCACUGGAAACCAGUCCAUACGUCAGUGGGUUGUCCUCCAUGUGGCCAGUGUGAAUGUGGUUUGGGACAUCCUGCCUGGUGGAUGACCUCCCUCUGUCAUGUUAACAGUAAACAUACAAUCCAGAACAUGCCCUUUAAACUGUCUUACAUUGGGUUAUUAAUUCUAUUAUUAUGUAAUGGCCUGUUAUUAUGCUCAGCCUCUCGGGUGAACAGUGAUCCAGCGAUGCACAAUGAAAUUAGAACAACAUUACCAUUACAUUACCAUGAAAAAUAUUGAUAUUGGUCAUUUUGUCACAGCAACACUCAAACCUUCUUCCAAACAUUAACUGUUUUAAUAUUUAGUAAAAUAUUGACAUUAUUAUUAUUUCUUUCUCAGUAUUUUUUGCAACAUGAAGCAAAAUGGGAGUAAAAUGCUUCCUGGCUUUAUUGACUGUGACUGUCGAUUUACACACUGAAUGUAGAUGAGGUUUGUCGCCUCUGCUCCAGGUGAGAGAAACGGAGAAACAUACGUCACAGUUCAGGGGAAACGAAAUGUGAACCCAGUGAUUCAGUUAUUUAAAUAUUCUGUAUUCAGUGCAGACCGAGUGCAAAAAACACACGUUAUACAUCCUAACCUGUGAAUUCAUAUGUUGUUUUACAUUUGUACCUUUUUGAUGACUUCAAGUAAUCAUUCGUUUGCCAUUAAAAAUCAUCUUAAGUAAAUAUCUGCCAAUCACUCUCUGGAUUGAAUUAGCUCCCUAAAAUUCAGCAAAUUAAAAUCUAUUUUUCAUUUCUAAUCUGAUUUCGAUUUGAUGUAAUUAUUCAGUACCCUUUCAUUUCCACAUGCACGUGUUGUUGUGCUACACGUGUCCGUCAGAUUGAUUGAUGUAGUUUGACUGUACAGACCUUUCCAAUCACUCCCUCCCACAGACCUCUGCUCUGCAGCCAGUGGAAUCAGACUGGUGACCAUUUGACGUCUCGUUCAGUUUGGACCCGACAUUAUGUGAUUGUCAUUUUAGGAGCUAAUCUACUAUUCCUUUUCAUUUCAAAAUUCGUGCUUCAGGUCCAAAAUAAAACUUUGGGGGCUGAAUUGAAACAUAAGUUGUAUUAAAACAAGUGGCAAGUGGGUUAAAAAUCCUUGAAUGUUGUUUCAAAUCUCUGUGAUGAUGGUUGUUUACCAUUUGGCGACAACUGACUCCAGAUCCUGCAGAUUAACCCUCUUUAAUUUACGAGUAUGCAUCACACAUUCUAACCCAUGCUGAGUAGGCCAGUGGCUCAUCUCCCCAUUUUUCCAUGUGUGUGUGUGCGUGUGUUUUGUGGUGCGCUGAGGGCCGCCUGCACAUGGGAGAGGAAUAUUUAAAUGGCUUGUAUUUUAAUUGACGCUUGAGCUGGAGGUGCAGGCUCAGAAACGAGGAACAGCCCCCAUCUACCGGCAGCGUCUCCUCCGUCUCCAGCCCUGCGCACUGCGCGCACAGUCCGGAGCGCCUCCGCCUGCGCGCUGCACAGGGAUCUGGAUCUCACCGCGCAAAGCCUCAGUUGCCUUUGCACUGUGGCGAGGAGGUGAUCUGAGCCUGAGUCUCUGGGGCUGUGUGGCUGCUGCUGCUCCGGCUCCCCGCGCCUCCCCCUGAGCCCCAGAGCCCACGUCGGAUGCGCUGAGGUAUAUGGAAGUUGUGGGCUGCAAGAGAGAGGCAAGCAGUUGCAAGUUGCGUCCAGGACCGGGAGCCAUGCUUUUCCACGGGAUCUCCGGGGAUCACAUCCAAGGGAUCAUGGAGGAGAUGGAGAGGAGGUCGAAAACGGAGUCGCGCCUGGCGAAGGGCAUGCAGCUGAACGGGAGAGAGUCGACCAUGCCCUCCAUGAGCCCGGAGAAGCCUGCUCUGUGCGCCGGCUGUGGAGGCAAGAUCUCGGACAGAUAUUACCUCCUGGCCGUGGACAAACAGUGGCACCUGCGAUGCCUCAAAUGCUGUGAAUGUAAACUGGCGCUGGAGUCGGAGCUAACGUGUUUUGCAAAGGAUGGAAGUAUCUACUGCAAAGAUGAUUACUACAGAAGGUUCUCCGUGCAGAGGUGCGCGCGCUGCCACCUCGGGAUUUCGGCCUCGGAGAUGGUGAUGCGUGCUCGCGACUCCGUGUACCACCUGAGCUGCUUCACGUGCACCACGUGCAACAAGACGCUGACCACGGGCGAUCACUUCGGCAUGAAGGACAGCCUGGUGUACUGCCGCCUGCACUUCGAGAGCCUGGUGCAGGGGCCGGACUACCACCCCCAGCUCAACUUCGCCGAGCUGGCGGCCAAGGGCGGCGGCCUCACGCUGCCCUACUUCAACGGCACCGGCAGCGCGCAGAAGGGCAGGCCGCGCAAGAGGAAGAGCCCGGCCAUGGGGAUAGAUAUACCCAGCUACAACACAGGCUGCAACGAGAAUGACACGGAUCACAUGGACCGGGACCAGCAGUCCUACGCCCCGACGCAGAAGACCAAACGCAUGCGGACCUCCUUCAAACACCAUCAGCUGCGGACAAUGAAAUCCUACUUUGCCAUCAACCACAACCCAGAUGCCAAGGACUUAAAGCAGCUGGCCCAGAAAACGGGCCUCACUAAGAGAGUUCUCCAGGUUUGGUUCCAAAACGCAAGAGCCAAAUUCAGAAGGAACGUUUUGCGACAGGAGAAUGGAGUUGAUAAGGCUGAUGGCACCUCACUCCCUGCACCCUCAUCCGACAGUGGGGCCCUGAGCCCCCCCUCCAGCGCGGCCACACUAACAGACCUGACAAACCCCUCUAUCACUGUAGUGACCUCCGUCACCUCUAGUUUGGACAGCCAUGAUUCGGGGAGCCCUUCACAAACUACCUUGACAAACCUUUUCUAACAAUCUAUCUCUAGCGGAUUGAUUUAUUUUUAUUUUUUAUUUCAUCUGAUUUUUAUUUGCUGGUUUGUUUUUUGAAUUUUUAUUUUAUCUUCUUCGAUUGACAUUUUAUUUUUUUAAAGUGACACCUUUAAAUGAACCAGAGACAGCUCCCUGGCACAGAACGUGCUGUACUGUGUACACAAACAAGAACAACAGGAACAAGAACAGCAGCGACCACAUUAAAAGACGAGGAAAUCAUUUUAAUGUGUAGCAUUUGAAACCGCACGGCAGCCAUGACUGUAGUUGACUCGCAGGACGCAGACCUCGAUCUUGGACAGGACUUUUUGAAGUUGAAGGCAUAAGAAAAGUUGUUGUGUGUUUCACAGCUUAUUUGGAAAAAAAUAACUAAACUUGAAUCCUGUCUGGAAAAUAAGUAGUUCUACUUGAUUUGACUUGAUUUGUACAUUUGUAUUGAAUUAUGAUCAAAUGAGCCCUCUCUAAUUUAUGCUUAAUUGGUAAAUAAUAUGAAUAUUCUGCACUCAGAACCCUGUAUAUGUAUGCACUGUGUUCGCACUAUCCAAUUUAAAUAUUUUUUUCUGUUUGGAAUAAUUUGGGAAAUAAAAUUGUAGAAUGUUCUGUAUUGGGUAACUCCAGAAAACAGGCUUUAAUUAUUUACCAAAUGUUUCAGUCUGUGAGACUGAGUUGGACGGAAUCGGACAUUGGGAUAUUUCACAGAGCUACGUGUAGAGCGUCUAAAUUACAUUACAAGCACCCAACCAUCGCGGCUUAGAUGGCAGGUAGAUGCCCCAAAAAACCACACACACACACACACACAUUUUUUUAUGUCUUGAGAAAUUCAAAAAGCCAGUCCCACAGUCUGUACAGUGGUGACUGUUCGACACGUAACGCAGUCACAUCAACCCAAGAGCCUGGUGAUUAGAGGCGAGCGGGAGGGAUUCAGAUCGGAGAGCAGUUAACGGGCACCGUUGUAAUCGACUGUUUCCGUGACAGAGCACUUUUUUCAGAUUCGUUGUCCUCAUCGAUUAACCAGAUCCACAGCUAAACUCAAUUGCACAGUGACAAUAUACUGCCCAGUGAAAAGUGCAUUAUUGUUUUUAUCAUGUUGCUCAGGGUAACAAUGUGAUUUUUUGAAAAAAGGAGUGGGGGGGGGGGGGGGGGUGCGACGUUGCAGACUAGAUUUGUCGAGCUGACACAAACAUUCAAAUGACCUCAGAUAGGCGGAGUCGUGAGAGGCAGCCAGUGGGAAGUCAUCGUCCAUGUGUUCUCUCUCUUUUGGCCAUAUUUAUACUUUCUUUAACGACACUUGCCACUGAACAGAAACCAAAAACAUGUUUCUUCUGGCUGAACGAUAGAGGAGGGAAACGAAAAAAAGGAGAGAAAGAGGGAAAGAGCAAAUCUUCAAUGGAGUCGAUGCAUUUCAUUGUGAGCGCGUCACAGUUUGUUCUACUGUAGAACAAAGUGGUAACUCUAGAUCUACUCGACGAGGUAGACGCCUAACUCAGUUCUACUAUGUGCCUUAUGCUAUAACUUGGGAGAAAGUUUGUGAACUUCAGGAUAUAUGUGUUCUUUGUUAACUGAUUCACAUCCUUUUGACGCCUCACUAGUUUUGUACUGUUUUGCAUCUUAUUUCCGAAGAUCUUUUUUUUGGUGUAUCCUGUUUUUAAAAAAGGGGGCAGCGAUGUCAUAGAAAGCAUUUGUGCACUCUUUCAGAUAUAGUUGGGUAAUCCAAGAACCUUAUAUAUUGAUCUUCGUGUUAAUAGUUGAGUACAGUAAGUGUUCUAUCAAGAUUGUCCAUGUUUCCCUGUUUCUUGAUAAAGAUGGUGUAUAGAAACUAUUUCCCCUUAAAUAUUUAUGGACCAAACGGUUGUUAUAUAUCUUAUUAAAUUUGUGUGAAUAAAACUACUUUGCUUUAAA